AUGCGGCGGCGGCGCGCCGGCGGCAGGACCAUGGUGGAGCGCGCCAGCAAGUUCGUGCUGGUGGUGGCGGGCUCGGCGUGCUUCAUGCUCAUCCUGUACCAGUACGCGGGCCCGGGGCUGAGCCUGGGCGCGCCCGGCGGCCGCGCGCCCCCCGAUGACCUGGACCUCUUCCCCACGCCCGACCCCCACUACGAGAAGAAGUACUACUUCCCCGUGCGCGAGCUGGAGCGCUCGCUGCACUUCGACAUGAAGGGCGACGACGUGAUCGUCUUCCUGCACAUCCAGAAGACCGGCGGCACCACCUUCGGCCGCCACCUCGUGCAGAACGUGCGCCUCGAGGUGCCCUGCGACUGCCGGCCCGGACAGAAGAAGUGCACCUGCUACCGGCCCAACCGCCGCGAGACGUGGCUCUUCUCCCGCUUCUCCACCGGCUGGAGCUGCGGGCUGCACGCCGACUGGACCGAACUCACCAACUGUGUGCCCGGCGUGCUGGACCGCCGAGACCCCGCCGCGUUGCGCACGCCCAGGAAGUUCUACUACAUCACGCUGCUGCGAGACCCCGUGUCGCGCUACCUGAGCGAGUGGCGUCACGUCCAGCGCGGGGCCACGUGGAAGACGUCGCUGCACAUGUGCGACGGGCGCACGCCCACGCCCGAGGAGCUGCCGCCGUGCUACGAGGGCACGGACUGGUCGGGCUGCACGCUGCAGGAGUUCAUGGACUGCCCCUACAACCUGGCCAGCAACCGCCAGGUGCGCAUGCUGGCCGACCUCAGCCUGGUGGGCUGCUACAACCUGUCCUUCAUCCCCGAGGGCAAGCGCGCCCAGCUGCUGCUGGACAGCGCCAAGAAGAACCUGCGCGGCAUGGCCUUCUUCGGCCUCACCGAGUUCCAGCGCAAGACGCAGUACCUGUUCGAGCGGACGUUCAACCUCAAGUUCAUCCGGCCCUUCAUGCAGUACAACAGCACGCGCGCGGGCGGCGUGGAGGUGGGCGAGGACACCAUCCGGCGCAUCGAGGAGCUCAACGACCUCGACAUGCAGCUCUACGACUACGCCAAGGACCUCUUCCAGCAGCGCUACCAGUACAAGCGGCAGCUGGAGCGCAGGGAGCAGCGGCUGCGCAGCCGCGAGGAGCGCCUGCUGCACCGGGCGCAGGAGGCGCUGCGGCGGGACGACGCGGCCGAGGAGCCGGGCCGCGUGCCCACCGAGGACUACAUGAGCCACAUCAUCGAGAAGUGGUAGUGGCGGCGCGAGGGUCGCGGAGGGGGCGGGCCGUGGCCUCUCCACGGGGAGAAGGGUUGGGGAGGGGGCGGCGGCAUGCUUGGCUGUUUCCCCCACGUGCGCAGCCCAAGGUGAAGGACGCUGCAGGGACGGCCUCCCACCGCCUCCCGCCCCCGGACAUGGUGGGCUGGCUAGGACCUGUGGGGCAAGUGACAUCCCCGCUCUCCCCGGGCCCCCGUGUCACUGGCAAAGAGCAGCUGAAGGUUUGAAACCAACGUUGGAGAGGACGUGCCUGUCCCGCAGCGAGUCCCAUACCUACUAUGCACACACUACCCCCGCUCCCUCGGUGACCGGCUCCAAACAGCCCAUCCAAGCCCCUCUGGCCUCUGGAGACCCUGAGACCCCAAACCUGGGAAGCCUUGUCCCCAAGAAUACAAGCGGGCCCGUGAGGUGUUCUCGGGCCUCAUUCAGCCAUCCGAAACUGCUUUGAAGGUCAGGGACCACCCCAGCUGAAGCAAGUUGACUGGCCACUGACUAAUCCACUGCACUCUUUGAGCCAUGGUCAAAACCCACAAUCCAGCCUGGCUUUUGGGGUGCCCAGGCUCAGACAGGAGGGGGAUGAACACCAAGAACCCUGAUCCUUACUCUUUCUGAUCUGCUGCCCCUAACCCCAUCGCUGGGACAUGCACUCAAGGGCUCAUGUAGCACCAAUCCCACCAUACCAGCAACCCCAUAGCCCCGUGGUAGGCGUGCCCAUUGGCUGGGACCACAUUUGCUGCCGUCAGCAGUGCCCUAGUGCCAUGGUGGUUCUGGGUGGCCAGAAAGUAAACUCGGGCUUUCAGAUUCUCUUCUGAGGUUGGAAUAAAAAUCUCUGGGUGGUCCCUCUGGGUCCCAUAUGCUUA